CCCUCGAGAUAAAAGUAAACAAAGCAAGUCAAGCCAACGGCUGGAGAGCGGUUUAUAUUGAUUAACUACCCUUGAAAAACCAAAGACAGCACGCCGACGACAAAAAUCAGGUGAUCAGGCAAGAGUGACUUUAAAAGCAGAGGCAGAGACAGAGAGGGAAGCGACCUCCUACCCAGCCGAACUAAUAAAAAUGAAUUCUGAUUCUGAUUCGAGCAGAGCUUCUUCGCCAGACAUGGACGGGAUCUAUCUCAGAGAUCACCUGCAAGACGGACGACUCAAUUCCGUGUCUUCCACUCAGAACGAACUUCUACAGAAGAUGACGAGCGAACACCUUUCCAGGAACGGGGAUAAAACGCCCAGCAAGUAUAAACUCAAGAAACAGGUCACCGAGCAAGAGGUGCAGCAGCUCAGACUGAAGAUCAACGGCCGAGAGCGCAAGAGGAUGCAUGACUUGAAUCUGGCAAUGGACGGACUCAGAGAGGUGAUGCCUUACGCGCACGGGCCGUCUGUGAGGAAGUUGUCCAAAAUUGCCACCCUUCUGCUCGCCAGAAAUUACAUUUUGAUGCUCACGAGCUCGUUGGACGAGAUGAAGAGGCUGGUCGGAGAAAUUUAUGGCGGGCACCACUCUGCGUUUCAUUGCAGUGCCGUUGGUCACUCUGGCAGUCACGCGGUGCACCCCGGUAACGCAUCCCACCAGGUACACCCGUUACUCGGAAGCGCACUUCCUUCGAGCACAGCGGCCACGCUUUCCACGACUUUGCCUGGACUAACCUCCAUCCGAGCCCCCCACGCCCUGCUGAAGACAGCGCCGACGCCCCCGCUUCCGCUCGGAGGUGGUUUCCAGCACUGGGCAGGUUUACCGUGUCCUUGCACCAUCUGUCAGGUGCCCCCACCUCCGCACAUUCCUAUUACUUCUGCGGGACUCACGAGACUUUCAUCCGAAAACAAGGACGUGAUGAAGUAGGGCAGAACGUUGAGCAUCUUUAAAGAAAUAGACUACACCACUGAGUAGUGCGAUCAUUUCGUGUUCCUGAAGGAGAUUUUACGAUGGACAACAAGAAACAAAACUGUAUGCAUGCCUGCAACUUAAUAUUUCAGUUCGUUCGUUUGUUCAUUAGUUUUACAUGUUAAACCUACCUUGUCUUCCUUGUAACAAGGAUCUGGUCAAAAGACAAUUUUCAAGGUAAAACUGAUCCGCUGGUUAUUAGAUGUUUCCAGAGAUGCAUCACACGAUGUAAAUAAUUUUUAUCGUAUUAAAAUGGACCAUACACGUUCAAUAUGUUGUUGGACAUAAUCUACUAAUCUGGGCUAACUUGCUGAGACACUGUUGUUUUAAAGAUAAGAAAUAUUUCGUGUUGUGUCAAAAAGUGGGAGUGAGGUGCAUGCAGGUUUAAGAUUGCAGAAAGAUUUCUUUUCUUUUUUCUUUUUGUUUUGUAUAAUUCAUCAUUUGCUGGAAUGACGGAUGCCCUGCGUUCCUUGUAACAAGGACUGUUAAAUAAGGAAACUGAAAUUGGUUGAUUUAUUUCUGUGGUCAUAUAUAAAUAUAAAUAAAUAAAUAUAUAUACAGUUCGAGAAAAUAGAGUGAAAUUAUAUUGUUUCUUCAAUGUUUUAUUUCAGUACUAAAAUAGUUUUAUUCUAGCUACGUGAGGUUAUUCUGUGUCCAUUUUCAAUUUUUAUAAUUUGAACAAUUUUAGCAUGGCUUCUGUGGUUAAAGUAGCUACAAAGCAUGUUUCGUUUGCUGGAAAGAUUUUGUUACGCCCAGAGACAAACUUGUGUCUUUAUUUUUGUAUAUUGUUGAUGAUUAUUGAUAUAUUUAUUAUUGCCCAGUGUUCCUGGAUGACGUUUCAAUAAACUAUUAUAAUAAAACA